UUAGAAACAUUAAUGACGUCUUUUUGAAAUCCAGUUUUGCAUUUUUUCUAACAAAAUCUUAUUUCUCUAUAGACUAAAUAUAGGCAAUAUGUAGCUUUGCUAGGUAGAAAUUAUCCAAAUCUGUUUAAUGUAAUAUAACAGUUUAUAUAAUAAUGUUGUGUAGGUUUUAAUUAAACCAUAGUCUUUUUAUUGGAAAGUAAGAACACAAAAUAGUCAGUUUUAAAGAUUCAGCAGUGUUUAUUUUUUCUCGUCGUCAUAAGUAUUCCAUCAUCAGUUGACCUUAUUUUGAGGUAGGCCACAUAAUUUUCCGAUGCAAGGUCAGGGUAACAAAAUGAAAUCUUGCAUAUGAAGAGAAACAUCCCUGGCAAGUUUUGUUCAAAUUAAACUAAAUAAAAUAAAUAUGUAAAAAGUAUGUUAACUUCUUGAUCAGCCCUCGCAAAUGUAUUCAAGACCGAUGUUUGUUGUUGUAAAGAGGUUGUUAACAUCUAAUGGAUAGAAAACGUGAAGACGGCUUACAAUAUGCAAGAAACAAAACUCGAAUUGGAUCAAACAGAUAAAGAACACCCCUGCUCUGUGCACAAUGACGCCAUCAAAGCGGAAGAGGCGGAGGAAGACGAUCCCUGGGCACUACCGGAAGUGAAUCUCCAAUACACCAAAUGGUCGGAACUGACGUCGGGACAGCGAUGCGCACGUGUGUUGCUAGGCAUCACGAAGACCGCUCUGUUGCUAGGCUGCCUGUAUUUUUUCGUCUGUUCUCUAGACCUGCUUUCAAACUCCUUCAGACUUAUUGGUGGGAAGACCGCUGGUUCGGUGUUCCAAAAUAGCGCAAUUCUGUCAAACCCUGUGGCGGGCCUCAUGCUCGGUGUCCUAGCAACCGUGCUUCUUCAAUCUUCUUCUACGACUAAUGGCAUCGCUAUCAGCCUUGUUGUAGCCAAAGGUCUGGUCCACAUUUCAGUUUGUAGCGUUCGUGACGCGAUACCAAUUGUCAUGGGUGCUAACAUAGGAACGUCGAUCACAAACACGCUGGUCUCCCUCGGACAGCUGGGCAACAGGGACCACUUCCGGCGCGCGUUCGCGGGGGCCACCGUCCAUGACAUGUUCAACUGGGUUGCCGUCUGUGUGCUGCUACCUUUAGAGGCGGCAACUGGUUACCUGUACCAUUUGUCUAAGGCGGUUGUCGGUGCCAUGUCGUUCCCGGAAAACGGCGAGAAAAGGAGACGACAGCAGUUUUUGAAGGCCAUAACAACUCCAUUCACCAAGCUCAUUAUCAGGGUUGACAAAAAGUUGUUGGAAGAAAUAGCAAAAGGGAAUGACGACGCCUACCACAAAAGUAUAAUCAAGCGUUGCUGCAAAAUGUCGUCUGCUCGUUAUUUAAGACCGGACAACAGUAGUAUAAGUGAUUCGUCUUGGGGCAACGUUAGCGGUUCAACAAUUGCGGUGAACAAGUCUGGGGCCAUCGAAACGCAGCCUUGCUUGAAACCAUGUCAGUUCUUGUUCAGAUCAGUCACGUGGUCUGACACGACAGUGGGCGUGGUUCUACUCGUUUUGACACUCGUUCUUCUCUCUGCGUGCUUCUUCACACUCGUCCGGACGCUUUAUUCUGCGUUACGUGGCCCAAUUUUAAAACUCCUCAAGCGCUUCAUCAACGCAGAUUUUCCUGGGCGCUUGUCGUUCUUCACCGGAUACGUCGCGAUUGCCAUAGGAACGGGCGUUACCAUGGUGAUUCAAUCCAGCUCAGUGUUCACGUCUGCCUUGACGCCACUUGUAGGAAUCGGAAUUUUAUCCCUUGAGAGGAUGUACGCGUUAACACUCGGUGCUAACCUCGGUACCACGUUCACCGCAGUGAUCAUUGCGCUGUCACAAAGUUCGUCUGACAUGCCGAUUGCAUUCCAGGUCGCAUUGUGUCACGUGUUCUUCAAUGUUUCUGGAACGCUUAUAUUUUACCCACUACCAUUCAUGAGAACACCGAUAAAAAUGGCGAAGUUUCUUGGCAACACUACCGCGAAAUAUCGCUGGUUUGUUGCAGUCUACAUGAUAGGUAUGUUUGUUGCUCUCCCGUCUGCCGUGUUCGGAUUGUCGUCUGCAAGUUGGGUUGCGCUCGUCUGCGUUGCGGUUCCGGUGGCAACAGUCGUGUUAAUGGUCAUCGUUAUAAACGGCUUACAGUCAAGGAAGCCGACCGUUUUGCCGAAAAUACUAAGAAGCUGGGAUUUUUUGCCAGAAUGUAUGCGUUCAUUGGAACCUUGUGAUCGAAUGUUCGAGAAAAUAGCUUCCAAGUUUACAUGCUGUUGUAAAAAGAAAGAAACAGAAGAAUUGCAAGCGAAACGGGAAGAAAACUUGUAAAGGCUUCAUGUAUAUUCAUUUUUGGUGAAUUCUAAGUUUAAUACACGAAAUAAGAAAGAAUUCCACGGAAUUGUAUGCUGUUUGGAGCGCCCAGCAUAUAAUACCACUUUUUGUGUAAUAGCUCAAAUUGUGUUGAAAAUUUAGAACUUUGUCUGAUUUGUAUACCAGAUAAAGAAAUACGCCAGUAAUGUGUACAUGAAUUACAGUGUAUAAGGGGCAUAAUUCAGGUGUUCCUGAGGCAAUUCGUUGGAUAAUCGACCUUGACCUGUUCAUUGUGCAUUGUGAGCUCGAACACUGUCACUAAGUUUCAUUAUGAAUGGAUGAUGAUACUUAAGUUUUUGUCUGACAAGCAUUAAAUCAUCUGUAUUUUUUUUAAUAAGGCAAUAUUGUGGUGUUUCUGGGAGCAAUUCAUCUCACGAGCAAACUGGGCCAAAUCAUCGUCGCCAAGUUUCAAGAAAAUUGGUUCUAGUCAGCACGAGAUAUUAGUCUGCUUUAUUGUAAAAUGGGCAUUAUUCUGGUGAGUUAUCUCGAAAUUGAGCUUAUAAACUGAGACAUUAUGCCCAUAAAAACCGUUGCGAUUGGGUAAUAGUAUAUACUAUAAAUUAUAUUAUAUAUUGUCUGCACAAGAAUUAAACAAACUUAUUUUCAUGUAAAAGGCACUGGUUUUCUGGAGCGUUUCAUCUGGUUAUCAAACUUGACCUUGAAAAUGUGACUUCAAAUGCUUUCACAAUGUUUAUCAUGAUUGGAAAUCAUUAUUUAAGUUAUUGUCUGCACAUUAUAAAACCUACUAAUUUUAAAUGUAACAGAGCCAUAACUCAUUAGUUAUUAAUUUGACUGCCCACGAUCAAACAUGACUGAGACCCUUAAAAUGAC